AUGAAGCCAGCUGGGGGCCGCCUGCUCCUCCUCCUGCUGCUGGCCGCGGUGCUGACGGGAACCCGCGCUGAUCCUGUGCCCAGGGCGGCCAGGCUCCUACCAGAUGCAAAGGACUGUCACAUAGCCCGGUUCAAGUCUCUGCCCCCUCAAGAGCUGCAGGCCUUCAAGAAGGCCAAGGAUGCCAUAGAAGAGAGGUUGCUCCACAAGGAUGUCAGGUGCAGCUCCCGCCUCUUCCCGAGGGCCUGGUACCUGAAGCAGCUGCAGGUCCAGGAGCGCCCCAAGGCCUUGCAGGCUGAGCUGAAGCUGACACUGAAGGUCCUGGAGAACAUGACUGACUCGACCCUGGGCCCCAUCCUGGGCCAGCCUCUUCACACCCUGGGCUAUAUCCACUCACAUCUGCAGGCAUGUACUCAGCCUCAGCCUGCAGCAGAGCCCAGGCCCCCAAGCCGCCGCCUCUCCCGCUGGCUGCACAGGCUCCAAGAGGCCCAGGAGAAGGAGAGCCCCAGCUGCCUGGAAGUCUCUGUCACUUCCAACCUCUUCCGCCUGCUCAUCCAGGACCUGAAGUGUGUGGCCAGUGGAGACCAAUGUUCCUGA